GGAAGCAGCCGCGUGUGUGGAAAGAAAUACUUUGGAACUCAGAAUGUUUUGUAAAUAAAGAAUUAAAGCAGGAAAAAUGGGAGCCGGUGAAAAGCUAAGUAAGGCAGCAGAGCUACUACGAUCUCUCCCGCGGGUGACACUAGCAAAUAUUCGCAAUAAUCCAGGAUCUCGUAAGAAGACUAAGAGAGGCAGGGCACAACAUGGAGGAGAUAAACAUGGAGCUGGAAACAAAGGCUCUGGUCAGAGACAGAAUUUUAUGCGACUGGGCUAUGAAACUGGUAACAAUCCUUUUUACCUGCGAUUUGGCUAUGAGCCUUAUUACAAGGGUCAUCAUUUAAGAAGACAGUAUCCACCAUUAUCUUUGCUGCAGCUUCAGAGACUGUUAGACACUGAUCGUCUUGAUAGCUCUCAACCAAUUGAUCUGACUGCUAUUUGCAAUACUGGGCUGUUUUCUAUUGUCCCAGAUCAGCAUCACUAUGGCUUUCAGUUAACAGAUGAGGGAGCUGAUAUAUUUAAAGCUAAAGUAAACAUAGAAGUUCAAUGGACAACAGAACCUGUGAUUGCAGCUAUUGAAAGAAAUGGAGGUGUGAUCACAACAGCAUUUUAUGAUACACACAGUUUGUGGGCAGCAAUAAACCCGGAAAAAUUCUUUAUGAAAGGUGAACCCAUACCACGAAGGAUGUUGCCACCUGCUGAUGCAAUUGAAUAUUAUACUGACCCAGCUAAGAGGGGUUACUUGGCAGAUCCAGAAAAAGUUUCAUGGGAAAGAUUUGUGCUGGCACAAAAAUAUGGUUACAAGCUUCCAGAAAUUGAAAAUGACCCAUUGUAUUCAAUGUUCUGUAUGCGGAAAGAUCCUCGGCAGAUAUUCUUUGGGUUAGAGCCAGGAUGGGUAGUGAACCUUCCAGAUAAAGUAAUUUUGAAACCAACGGAUGAACAGCUGAAGGAAUUCUAUAAAUCAUAGUUUAUGAUGGGAAACAUCAAAUGUUGAUUUCAUGUUAUGUGGGAGGUCACUGUGUAAAUAAUUGAUGAAACUAUUAUUGUAAUAAAAUAUAACUUGUUACUUCCCAUG